UCGAAGGAAGUUGACUUUUUACCUAACCUAGGUUUCAAAUUUCUCGAGCAAUGCAGAUGUUUUCAUACCAGAGCCUUCAUACUGCAUAUUUUAAAUUUUGAAAGCCUUUAGUGUUGUUUGUUCUGUGUAAAAUUGAGCGACAAAAUCUAGUGGGAACCCGUCAAACAGUUAACCUCAGCAACAAGUUGCCACAAACAUUUCAAAAUACAGGUCAUUAUUUUACGAGGAACAUCGACAAAUCUAUUUAAUGUGACUGCAACUUUAUCCUCUUCAUACCUUUAUGAUAACGGUCAAACACCUGUAGUCGGUUGAUCGCAAUAAAAUGACAGGCCCAUUAGAAACCAGCCCAAAAAAACGCCAUAGAAUUGAGAAUAAAAAGAAAAAAAUGGCUGCAUUAUUAGAUAUAGUUAAACUGAAUGAAACUGACAGGCUUAAAGUGAAGAAUAGCAAGUCUGUGGAGGUUCAUCCUCAAAGAACUGAGCAAAUCAAUGGAGAUGGCCCCGAUUGCAAUGGUCAGAGCCCUAACAAGAAAUUAAAAACAGACGUAACCGUCGCAUUUGGCCCUUCGGGGAGGCCUUUACUGGAAGGUGAUGAAUUAUUACAGCUUAAAAAGAUGCUGCAGGAGAAAACAAAGAAGAUCCGACAAAUGCCAAAAUUUCGGUUGCGAGAUAUGGGAGAAAAUGCCAGUUUGCAAAUACCACUAGAGAGUAGAUGCCCCCUUUUUUUGUCAGACAUUCAGCAUCUUCUAAUGUAUUCACAAAUCGGUGUUCAUUCCCCAUAUUGUCCGACAAGAUGGUGCCACUUAGAAAAGUACAAUCAUCUAACCAACGUGACUCUGCUAAUCGUUGAAAACAUGUCUGUCUAUAAUUACGAGGCAUUCGAGAGCUACUUUCCCUUCACCAGCGCAAACUUCGAACACAAACUAGAGAUGAUUUCGCCUUAUGCCUUCAACAGUAAUAUUAUUAAAGAGUUGUCCAUGGUGCCGUUAUCUAUGACUCAAAUGCGCAAAUUGAUUACCGAAUAUGGAACGCUUGAAGAGGCUGCGAAGCACUGCAGCGAAGUAUUCGAUACCGUAAAUAAUUUAUUUCCAAUCGAUGGUGAUUUUGAUGACGAAGAUACGCCCGUUCUGUCUAAAAAGGAUAAAUAUUCACGAACCCAAUUACUACUCUCCGGAUGGCAAAUGAUUGAAGAAAACUUCCCGCUGCCAAUCAAAGGGCUAGUGGAACGCAAAUACUCUGAUUACACGCUAACGAAAGAUCGAUAUAGAAAUGUAUCAGCUCGUAGUCCUCUGAUUGCUAUCGAUUGUGAAAUGUGCAGAACAGACACAGGCGACCUAGAAUUAACAAGAAUUUCAGCUGUGAAUGAGCAGCAUGAGGUUAUUUACGACACAUUAGUUAAGCCCAAAAACAAGAUCGUCGAUUAUUUAACGCGCUUUUCCGGAAUUAAUGCGAAAAUGAUGAAAACCGUCCGCACCGACCUUCAAGAAGUCCAGAAUAAGUUACGGAAACUGCUGCCCGAAGAUGCGAUUUUAAUUGGCCAGUCUUUGUCCAAUGAUUUGCAUGCAUUGAAGAUGAUGCAUCCAUAUGUAAUAGACACUAGUGUUAUAUACAAUUUGACUGGAGAUCGGGCACGCAAAACCAAACUACAGAUCCUUGCCAGUCAAUUUUUGGAUGAGAAAAUCCAAGCUGGAAAUCAUGGACAUUGUAGUUCGGAAGACAGUCUGGCCUGCAUGAAACUAGUGCAGCUGAAGCUGCGAAAAAACCGUUAUUAUGGGGACGCUGUGAUGAAUUCGAUCUACGUGAAGAAACGAUCCUAUCCAGACAUGGGAGAUGCUAACUAUGCCAUCAGCAUGUUCAAACAAUGUGUAAAAAACGGCAAUACCGUCAAUAUAGUCGCUGUGGCUGAUUUGGUUGACCAGUACAAAGUCUGUAUCGAUAAAGACAAUAAAAACAUCCCGGAAAUCAAAUGCGUGAAAGUGGAAUCCAAUAAGAACGUGAUUAAGCAUUUAUGCAAGACAAUGAACAACAGUAACUUGAAUCUGGGACACAUUCGAAUAGCCAGUGAGCAUGCGAGCAGUGAGAAAACAUUCAAAACAGUGGACAAAUGGAUUAAGGAGCUGCACAAGUCAGCGGAGCACCCGGCACUUCUGGCUGUUAUGUUAAGCGGGUGUCAAGAGGGUGGCAAUGGGACUUGUUUCCUUCAUUUGAAAAAACAAUUUAUUUCGUAACUAAUAAACAAACAUCCUGCGAUUUGACACUCAGAUGUAUAUUUUCUGUA